AAAGGCGUGAAAAUGCCGAAAAUGUUUCAGAAUUGCACCUGCAAGACCGGCCUUGUGCAAAACCAUUGCAUGCAUAUCUUUUAUCGUUAAAAUAAGUCCAGGGCACUUUUUACAUAUCUCGAAAUGUUGUUUUUACGGAGCAGAGUACUUGUGUGGCUGUUCAUAACAUGGAUCCCUUUUGUCGCAACAAUAGAUUAUUGCAGCGACGUGAAGUGCAUGAAAGGCCAGCACACGAUGUGCAUGUACUAUUGGGAUAGUCCUGGGGGUGAAUGCAACUCUCUUACGGGUCAAGGAAUCGACUCGAAACAGAUUGAAGAUCUACUUCAUGUUCACAAUCGGUACAGGGACUAUCUCGCUGCCGGAAAGGAAACACGCACGAUCGACGGUAGUACGAUGCCUGAGGCGGCCAAUAUGGGUGUGCUGACCUGGGAUGAGGAAAUAGCUAAAAUCGCGCAGCGCUGGGCUAUUCAGUGCCACUUUGGUCACGAUUAUUGCCGAGAUCUUCCUAACAUGAAGGUGGGCCAGAACGUGGCCAUCGAUGGCAGCACCGUCUCGGGACCGCCCAACAUGACCAGCCUCGCCGUGAGGUGGUACGAAAAGGAGGUCGGAUUUUUCGAAGCCAGCCGCGUAGCCAGUUACCAGCACUUCAUGCAAACCGGUCACUUCACCCAGUGGAUUUGGGCCACCUCGUACAAGAUCGGCUGCGGCUACGCCGGCUUCAAGAGUGACACGAUGAACAAAAACUUCCUUGUCUGUAACUACGGUCCGGCCGGCAAUGUGGCACGCCAGCCCAUCUACCAGCAGGGGUCGCCGUGCUCCGCCUGUCCGCGCGGAACGACGUGCGGCGGCGACAGCCGCUACCCGAACCUCUGCAAGGCAGAAGGUGGUCACUCUGCCUUCGGAGAGGGUCAGUACGAAAAGCUAAACUCAGGCUCGGUGCCGGGGCGCAGUGCCCUGCUGGCCGGUCUGUGCGGCGCUCUGGUCGUCUGUGCGUCUGUCCAACUGCUGCUGUGACACAGACAGCUAGUGUCUGCUCCCCGACGGACGGUAGUGUACCAUGCCUUAGCCUCGACCACUGCGCGCCCUCUGGUGAUGGCGUGGGGAGGAUGUGAUGUGAGCCAUGUGCAAGGUGACGCAUUUCCAUCCACAACGGACAGGUGUGCGUGUUGAACAUGUUCCCGAGUGCUGCCGAUCGCCGCUGCUCCUACAAAUAUGUUGAAUGAUCUGUGAAUACAAGUGACUGG